UCUUCUUCAAAGAUUUUGGGUCUCAUUUGCUUCUCAAUGUUGAUGCGUCUUCAGAACAAUCUACUUUUAUCAAAGGUUUUUCUGGGUUGUCACGCAAAUGGAUUUUCCAGUCUUAUUUCUGGAUCAAAAAUUUUAAGAGGUUUCAAUGAGACUGCAGGAUUCUCUGCAGUGUCGGGUGAUAAUCUAAGGAGCCAAUCUAAGAGUUCCCUGAGGAAUUACCAAGUUGUGGUGGCAGCGACUCGUGAAAUGGGGAUUGGGAAAGAUGGUAAGUUACCAUGGAGAUUGCCUUCUGACCUCAAAUUCUUCAAGGAGCUUACAGUGACAACAUCAGAUCCUGAGAAGAAGAACGCUGUAGUAAUGGGUAGAAAAACCUGGGAGAGUAUUCCACUUGAAAAUAGACCUUUACCUGGUCGCCUUAAUGUUAUCCUCACUCGUUCCCAGAGUCCUGAUAUUACGACCGGCGAAAAUGUUGUAAUACGUGGGAGCAUUCCAUCAACUCUGGAACUAUUAGCUGAGGUUCCUUACUGUUUUUCAAUAGAGAGAGUGUUUGUCAUUGGCGGUGGUCAGAUAUUUAGGGAAACGCUUCAUGCUCCAGGUUGUGAAGCCAUUCACAUUACUGAAAUUGAGACAAACUUUGAAUGUGAUACCUUUAUUCCUUCAAUUGAAUUGUCCUGUUUCCAGCCGUGGUACUCAUCUACGCCAUUGGUAGAAAAUGAUGUCCGGUUUUCCUUCGCAACUUAUGUUCGUGUGAGAUCUGGGGCUCCUGGUUGUCCUUUGAAUAUUGAAGGUAAGUGUAAUGGCAGUCUAAAUCAUAAUAUUUUUGAGGUAAAAGACUUCACUUUCUUGCCCAGGAUGAUUCUUGAGAGACAUGAUGAGUUUAUCUCUAAAUAAAAUCGAAACUUGUUCAUGAAAGCAAUGAUUCUGACCGGCUAGAUACAAAAUUCAGUUGUCACUUGCCAAGUUAGUCUUGAACUUUGCGUCUCUAUGCUACUGCUCUUUAGUAUUUUAAUGUGAAUAUGGGCAUCUCCAUGUGAUUUGUAGAAUGCAAUUCAAUCUUUGCAGUUCUUUUCAUCUUCUUACAACUAGGUACUUUCUUUGUUGCAAUAUCUUGCGUUGGUUCUUGUUUAUUGAACUCAUUUUUUGGUACAAAGAUUCUCUUGUCCUUGGGGCUGCAGAAUGAGCAGAACAAAGGCGUUCUAGGUUUGAUCCAUAUGGUUUAGAAUGGUUGUAAACAGAAAUAGAGAUUCACUGCCCUGUUUAUAGCAUUCAAUCCCCCUUUCUCUGAAGUAUUGGUU